AACAAAGGCGACAAAAAGUUGAAGAAUAUCUAUCAAGAAAAAAGACCUUUUCUGGUGUGUCCAUUCAAGAAAACCAGACAUCGAUCAGCAGCAGAACUAGGAGAGCAACUAGCAAUAAACAGCAAGACAAAACACAGCUCUCCACAUCUCCGAAGCCAGGAAUGGAAAAUAAAGAGAAUGCUAAUAAACUGUCAUGGGAACAAUCAAGCAGAACUUCAGAAAAAAAUGAUAUUUUAAACUCUUCCACAAUCACACUGCCAAAUUCCAUAUCAGGAAUCACAAACUAUCAUCCUAAAGAUUAUGAAGUCACGGAAGUAAAAUCUAAGCAUAUGUCACUUAGCAAGUCCUUCUUGCAAAUGAAAAGCUUAAAAGAGAAGCAAUUGAUUGCAGAAAAACAAAAUUCAAGUGUCAGCCUACCAAAGAAACCAGUGCUUGGUACAUAUCGUGGCAAAGUUAUCCAAUCCAAGAUAAACUCCUUCCGAAAAGCACCAAAAAGUGAGCUGGAAAAGAGUUCUUUGCCAGACAAGAAGUUUCUUCCUUCUGGCACCAAACCUGCAGCAAGCUCUUUGUCCAUGAGCAGCUGUAGUGUAUUUGCAAAGACUACCAAAGUCACAAACAACUCUAAUUCUGUAAAACCAGAUGGUGUUCUCCCAUUCCAGAGCAAACCAUCUGACAAAGCUGCUAUUAACUCACAGUCCAGUCUGAAGAAAUGGCAACCCAUGUCUGCUGUAGUGCCAAAGAAAGUAACAGUCCAAAAAAUGAUUGAUGGAAGGGCACCAGAGCCACUAAAGGCUGUUUCUAACAGUUCUGACCGCAGAGUGCUAGGAGUGAAGACAUGUGAAGAUGCAAGACCAGAAGCUCCAGCAAAACCAGUUUCUGUUGUUUCUGGUGCAAAGGAUUCUAAAACCACUGGCAAGAGAAAAUCUGUUCUGCCAAAAGAGUCAGCAGAAGAGAGAAGAGCUCGCCUGGAUGAAUGGAGAGCAUCUAGAGGAAAAGUGAUGAGGAGACCUCCUAUAUCUAUGCUUCUGGGAUCACAGUCUAAAAGUGAACAACAAGAAUUCUCUUCUGGUGAUUCUUUAGAGCAUGUAUUACAUAGUGAGAAGGUCAACAAGACUCUUGAAGAAUGUCUGCAGUUAACCAAACAGGGAUGUCAAGGUGAUAAAGUACGUGCCAUGUUGGAAGAUCUGACACAGGGCGUUCCUGGAGCUAAAAAGCUUGCAAAAUAUUGGAUCUGCUGUAUGUGUCUUGAACAGACGGGUCCUCUUGAAAAGCUUAUUGCUGUCUAUGAGGAGGCCAUUUUGGCAGGAGCACUGCCUAGAGAUGAACUGCGACACACACUAAUAGAGACUAUAAAAAAUACUGAAAGCCUUCUUAAGCCUGAGGAUGGGGAAACUGUGGUGGAAGCUUAUUUAAGUGUGGAAGUGGGAGUCAGCAAGGAACCAAAUUCAUCUGCAGAGCAAGUUCAGGAGGCCUCCCAGGAUCUAUGUUCUGAUGAUGACCAAAAAGCAGAGAGUGAUGACAAGAAAGCAGAGACUAGCAGUGAAGUGAUCAAAAAAGAAGAAAUUGAUUUAGACUUGAAACCAAGAGAAGAGAUCUUGCUAAAAAAGAAAAAAAAGCAAAAGACCAAAGAACGUGCAAAGAAGAAAGGAAAAUGUGAAACAGAAGAGCAGGAUGAGGAUGGGGUAAAAGAUAUAGGCCGAGCAGUCAGUUCUCCUGAGAAGGAGAAUGACACGUCUUAUUUAAUGAGAUACGAUCCAUCUAGCACACCAUACUUGGAAAGUGUGAAGAUGCACCAUGAGGCAAACGAAUCCCAUGCUAAAGACCUGAAAAUCGUAACCCCUUUGCGAUAUUCUCAACGCAUUCGGGAGAAGAUGUGCAAGUUGUCGGAUAUUGUUAAAGAUCAAGACCCAUGUGCCUCUUCAUUUGAACAACUGGGAGAAUUGGAAUCAAAAGCCACUUCAUUUAUCCACAAACAGAGCAAUAUGCUCAAAGAAACAAGUGCUGAAGUAGAAGAGUAA